UUCAACACGCGCGAUCCGUGCAAAGAAGAAGCUGCACGGUCAUCGUGGCUGAGCACGCGGCAUACCUCGCGUUCGAUCCUACGUCGCAGAGCUCGUCCCGACGUUCCCGCGGUGAAGAUGGCCCUGAACAUCUUGGCCGUGUUGCUGAUGGUCUUAUACUACUGCGCCGUGGUGUCCGUGGGCGUGUGGUCGGGCCGCAAGAUGAACGCGGACAGCAGCGUGCAGGUGACGCGCCUCAGCGUCGAGACUCGUCGCAAGCAGGACGCGGCGCACGUUCUCAUGAAGCUGUUCAUAGCCAACCGCCACUUGCCGCUCUGGAUUGGCGUCGGCUCCAUGACCGCGACCUGGGUGGGCGGUGGCUACCUGAACGGAACAGCGGAGGCUGUCUACAGGCACGGAAUCCUGCGCUGCCACGCCCCUCUGGGCUACGCGGUCAGCCUGGUUUUAGGCGGCACUUUCUUCUCGAGCAAGAUGCGCGCGACCAAGCCGUUGACCAUGCUGGACCCGUUCCAGAACCGCUACGGCCGGUGGAUGGCGCUACUGCUGUGCUUCCCAGCAGUUGUCGGUGAAGUCUUCUGGACUGCCGCCAUCUUGGCAGCGCUUGGUGACACCGCCGGCGCUAUCAUAGAGGUGGACACACGCUUCUUCAUACUGGCCUCCGCUCUGGUGGUGUUCUUCUACACAUCGCUGGGCGGCGUCUACGUGGUCACACACACCGACGUCUUCCAGAUUGUCAGCAUGUCCGUCUGCCUGUGGAUUUGCGUGCCCUUCUGCUUACGCAACCACGCCGUUGGACAGAUGGGGCCUCCGCACAGCGACUGGGUCGGCACCAUCGCGUCUAGAGACGUGAGCCAACUUUUCGACGCCUUCCUGAUGACCGCGCUCGGAGGUAUUCCGUGGCAGGUGUACUUCCAGCGCGUGCUAAGCUGCGAGAGCGACUUCGACGCCCGGAUGCUCUCGUACUUGUCCGCCGUGGGUUGCAUCGCGCUGGCCGUCCCGCCUGCAGUGAUCGGCGCCGUGGCCAAAAGCGCGAACUUUACGGCGGCCGGCUAUCCGGGUCCGUACCAUUUGCGCGACAAGGACGUCGUGAGGGUGCUGCCAUAUUCCAUGCGCUACCUGACCACCGGCUUUGUCUCCAUGGUGGGCCUGAUCGGCAUCACGGCUGCGAUCAUGUCGUCGGCGGACUCUUCAAUGCUCAGUGCCUCCUCCAUGGUCACCAAGAACGUCUACCAGUCCAUCGUUCGACCCACGGCUUCCGACGUCGAGGUGUCCCUGGUGUUGCGAAUCAUGGUGUUCGCCAUCGGGUCCUGGGCCACCUACGUGGCGCUGUCCGUGAAUUCCGUGUUCGAGCUGUGGCUGCUCUGCUCGGACAUAGUCUACGUGCUGCUGUUCCCGCAGAUGAUCUCCGUCCUCUACUUCGAAGAUAGCAACACGUACGGCGCCUUCUUGGCUGGCCACGCAGGUUCCAGCCGGACCUGGAGCUUGUUAACGCCACCGUGACGCGCGCCCGGGGCACAGUACCCGGGGACCACUACAGGUCUGCACGUCAACACGAUGUCCUCCUGCACAAAUACGCUCCGCCGUCCCGACGCGACAACUCGUCGCGUGUUGUCUUGUCCGAGAAGGCGACGUUUUCGGGGGUUUGUCGCUCGAGCCAGGACGAGGAAGGUCGUCCUCGCGUGCUACAAGAAAGUACAAGGCUCUUCCACUGCGUCCUGCUGAUGAUGUCCUGGUGGUAGCCGGACACCACGUUCGACGCCGUCCUGGCUUUCUCACUGAUCGUGUCUUUCAACGAUCACCCGGAAUCGCCAUUCGGAAGGCACUCGAUGCCUCCGGCUACCUCUGCGCGUUAUGUGCGGGUCACGUGUGCGUGCUAAGCACCAUUCGAAUAGACUUGCAUUGCACGACGUAAGCCGUACGGGCAUAUUUUAUGAAAAUAUAGACUC